UACUGCUGCUGCUGUACUUUUGUAGCUCCGACUUAAGCUGCUAAUACUGACAUUGCUGAUAUUGUCGCUGUUACUGCUGCUGCUGUCACUGCUGCGACUCCUGCUGCCGCCAUUCCGUCUACUGUCGUUCCUGCUACUGCCGCUACUUAUGUGAUUGUUGCUACUUCAGUUGCUGCCACUGCUGCUGCCCCUACUGGAAGCCUUGCCUGGUAGAGGUGGUAGCACACUAAGUUGAGGUUAGGGUCAAGGUCAAGUCAAAUUGAUUUGGAAUCCGACUCGGGUAUAUUUAUUGUCAUAACAGGUCGUGAUCAGAAUCGUGGUCAUGGUAUGGGUCACGGGCAGGUCGAAGUGAACGUUCGGUUAAAGUUGAAAGGUCGUUGGUGAAAUAUUCACUGUUACCAUUGAAAGGUUGAGUUGUUAUGUGGUUCUAAGGUGACAAGAUAAGGGUUGAGUCAUUACGUGGAAUAGGGGAUGAAUAGGAAAGAAGGUUAAACGUUUAUAGUCGAAAGGUAAUGGAGCGAGAGCUUAAAAUUUAAGUUAAGGGUGGAAGGUGGAAGGUCAAUGGUUAAAGAUGAAAUGUUAAACGUUAAAGAUCAAAGUGAAAAUCUUCAAGACACUGAAAUAAUUUGACCUAAAAAGUUGAAAGUUUCAGAGAUUACAGGUUAGCGUGUUUGGGGUGAAGGCGAGAAUGUUACGAGUGAAGGGUGAAGUGCAGGUUGGCUAGGAGUUAAAGGUUAUCGGUCAGAGGUCAAGGCAGGAGGAGGUGUUGGGGUCAUGACCAUGGCAGUGCAGUGCUCACUGAGCCAUGAUGGCCGCUUCAACUGCUCCGCGCCGUCGCUGGGCCCCGAGGAGAGCCGGGCGCUGGCUUUUCUCUGCUUCUCUCUCGCCACCCUCACGGUCAUGGGCAACCUCCUCGUGGUGGCCUCCAUCGCCUUAUUCAGACAACUCCAGACCCGCACCAACGCCUUCACGCUGUCUCUGGCCGUGGCCGACCUUCUGGUCGGACUCCUGGUCAUGCCGUUCAGCGCCACGCGCUCGCUGUACGGCUGCUGGUUCUUCGGGCGAACCUUCUGCAAGGUGCACACGUGCCUCGACGUCCUCUUGAGCACGGCCUCCAUCGCACACCUGGGCGCCAUCGCCUUCGACCGCCACACGGCCAUCUGUGACCCCCUGCGCUACCACCAGCGCCUCACAGCCGGUCGCGCGGCCUCCUUGCUGGCCCUCUGCUGGGUGGGUUCGGCCCUGCUGGCCGUAGGCCCCAUUUUGCUCGGGUGGAACACGGUGGGCAUCGAGGAACUGGUGGCCUCAUUGUCCUGCCCAGAUGCCUGCGCCUUCUUCAUGAAUGCCCCCUUCGCCAUAGCCGGCUCCACCUGCAGCUUCUUCGGGCCGAGCUUCAUCAUGGUGGUCACCUAUAUGCGCAUCUAUCGGGUGGCGCUGCGCCAGGCCCGGGCCGUUCGCAACGUCAUCUCGGUGUCGUCCGUGGCGCGGCAACGUUGCGACAUCGACUCUCCACCGGAGCAGGGACGGGACCAGAGACGGGAGCGCGGUGCCACCAAGACCUUGGGCGUGAUCAUGGGCACCUUCGUCAUCUGCUGGCUGCCCUUCUUCUCGCUCACCUUGCUCGACCCCUUCACGGGGUUCUUGGCCGAGCCCAUGGUGUGGGAGGCUGCAACGUGGCUGGGGUACGUGAAUUCAGCGCUCAAUCCCAUCCUCUAUCCGGCCUUCAACCGGGCCUUCCGUCGAGCCUUCUGCCUGGUGUUCACAUGUGCGUGGCGUUCGCAGAACAUGAGGCGUGCGGACCUUGCCGAGUGAGGGACUGGGCGUGCCUCGCCAUCGAUUCCUUCCUUUUCACCGUCUGUCAAGGUCUUACUCUGACAUUGUUGUCACCACUGCCAUGUCUGUUUAGUUCUAGUCUCGAUCACCUUCUUGGCGAAUAGACAAUG